GGUUUGUCGGGUCUUUGUUCCUCAAGCUUAACGGCGUCAAAGGCGGGGUCGACAUGCUCUCGGCGACGAAGAGGAGUGCGCGGACCUGCAUCAGGGUUGCAGGUCAGAGGAGGUCGGUGGCCACCAAGGUCCAUGAGGGUGGGGGACCGACGCUGCUGUCGAGGCGCUUCGUCCCUACUUCGAAGGCCGACUCUCUGUCCGGGCAAGCGCAAGAACUUGAGAGCCUCAAGCUUCUACUGAGGGGAGGCUACAUCCGACAGUCAUCAUCGGGCAUUUUCACACUGCUACCUAACGGCCUCCGACUGGCGAGAAAGGUCGAGGCCAUCGUUGCAGAGGAGAUGGAGAGGAUCGGGGCCUCACAGUUGGAGAUGCCGAUGCUGCUGAGCUCUUCGCUCUGGCACAAGAGCGGCCGCUUCGAAACGAUGGGCAGUGAAUUGUACAAGCUCACAGAUCGCAGAGGCUCACAAUUCGUCCUCGCUCCCACUUUUGAGGAGGAGGUGACGAACAUGGUCGGAGAUGAGGUGCACAGCUGGCGACAGCUUCCCGUGCGCCUAUACCAAGUGACACGUAAGCAUCGUGACGAACCUCGACCACGAAACGGCCUCCUUAGGACGCGCGAAUUCGUCAUGAAGGAUCUAUACACCUUUGAUGCGAGUUUGGACGAAGCCAGAGAGACGUAUGAGCUCGUGCGAGGUGCCUACGGGCGCAUAAUGACGAGACUCUUUGGCGAGCAAGGAUCAGGGUGGCGUGUGGCUCAGGCAGAUACAGGCGCCAUGGGCGGGCAGCAGUCGCACGAGUACCACGUCGAGGACGACGCGGGUGAAGAUACGCUCCUGUCGUGUGGUAGCUGCAGCUACACGGCUAACAGCGAGCUGGCUGCAUCGCUUCCUUCGCGCAAAGGUGCACCACUGGAGACCGACGACGUCCAGGUGGACCUCUUUGGCUCCACCGACAGACUCGCUCACGGCUGCACCCUCGUCGCUUUUGUCAGUCCGCGGAAACGAAGAGCCAACGCAGUCAAGCUGGCGCGUCAUCUCCCUGCUGGUGAAGGCCCUGUAGGAACGCUGAGACAGGGCGGGGCCGAGGUGGAGUGGGACUGGAAGGAUCGGCCAGAGGGACCCAUGGUUCGCUUCGACAAGCUUCGCGUCAUCGUCGACUACGAGUGCGCCGGCGUCGAGAUGCAGGAGCUGGACGAGGCUGUGCUUGCCGCAGUGGAGCGCUAUGCCUCCGAUCCGACUCUCUCGGGGCCUUCUUCGGGCCCACAGCUAAGCGAUUACUUUCCCUCGCAGCUUCCAGUGGACAAUGAGUUUACACCGCUGCCGUUGGAGCUACAAGACCUGAGAGAGGCCGAAGCAGGCGAUGAAUGCGCUGCAUGUCGAUCAGGAAAGCUUCGGUCGAGCAAGGCAAUCGAGGUGGGCCAUACUUUUCUCUUGGGCACAAAGUAUUCCGAAUCUCUCGAUGUUGGCUUCGUCCCCAAGUCAGAAGCGCCUAGUGGGAGAAAGCCUUUUGAGAUGGGCUGCUACGGCAUCGGCAUCACGAGAAUCAUCGGCGUCCUUGCUCAGCGUGCGCGCACCGCGACUUCACUCCUUGCUUGGCCCCAUGCGGUCGCGCCCUUCUCCGCUUUGAUUCUUUCGACGGCUGGAGGAGAGCCUGAAGGCAAAGCUGCGGCGUCGGCAACGCUUCUCUCGAUUCUCAACAGCAGGGGCGGACCCAGUCGCCUCUUCUCCGAUCUGGCUGCCUCCUCGGACGAGAGUCUGGGUCAAGGCACGAAGGACUUUCUUGGGCCUGAUGUCCGCAUCGACGCUAAGGAUAUCGCCUUCGACGAUCGGGCAGGGAUGUCGGUCGGCGUGCGACUGGCCGAGGCUGACCUCGUCGGGUAUCCCCUCGUCCUUAUCCUCGGUAACCACUUUGAUCGCGACGCAAAUGUCGAGGCUCGCCUUCGUCUCUUCUCGCCCGACGGUCAGGCUCGAGUCGAGAAGAGGUUGAUCCCCUUCCGAGAGAUCACAUCCAUUGUAAAUUAGUAGUAGCAUGACCACCACCUCACACACAAGCAACACCUUUUCGGUUUC